AUGCCCAAGUCACUUGACACCGGAGGAUAUCUCGAAAUUAUACUUUUACCAACAUUCAGAAGUGAAAUGGAUCAAUUUGUACAAAUGGGAUACCUUCUGUCAUAUUUUCUUGACAUGAAAGGAACUUUGAGUGCUG